CCCCCUUUGCUAAUAGUACGGUGAGAACCGAGGAGGAUAAAAGGUCGAUGUAAUGUUCCAGGCGACUAAAAAAGAACCAUGGAGACGUUUUUUCUACACUGUCUCCUUCUUGUCGUCGUCACGUCCCCGACAUUAGCAGACGAUAAAGAGGUCACAUUUGUGUCGGAGCUUUCUACCAAACCUGCUCAGAAGCUGUCAAAGUACAGUUGGUACGGCAACGUGAGGCUGCAGAGGUUUCAUAUACCAGAGGAGACAGCCAUCGCCCGCUGGCUCUUCUCUGUCAACAAAGUCAGUACCUUCCCGUGUGGAACCAACAACGUCACCAUCUACCUUCGAUGGGGUGCUCCACCAGUUGUAAGUCUGAAAGGUUCCAUUUUCCCUAAUUCGACACUGUGGAGCCCCAGCCUGUCCCUGACCCUUCCGGUAGCUUCCCAGAACUCCACUACUGUAAAUCUCACGUACCCUUCGGCUGGCGACUGGUACGUUGCAGCACACCUGCCUGAAGAUGACGGUCGGAUAGAACAGAAGGGUUUUCCAUCGUGCUCAUAUGUAUUCCAGCCCCAGCUGUCAAUAAGGCGAGCGGUUGAUGUUCCGAUUCUACAGCAGGGGGCACUCCUCCAACAAACCGCCACACCUGAGAAACCAUCACGCCUUAAGUUGUACGUUCCAGAGUUUGUCUCCUCUCUCUCGGUUUCCGUGGCCGACUGUUCGUCAUCGUUGAGUGGCAGUGACGACGGAGACUGUCCGCUGAUUCUUAAACUUGGCUCAUCAGCUCCUCUGCAGCACAGCCAAGUCACAGUCAACUGCUCGGGGACCGGCUGCUCCGCUGUGCUCCUUCACCCUCCAUGGGACACAUGGCUGCGAGUUGUUGUCGAGAGCAACCAGGACAACCGCACCGUAAAUUUUAGCAUUGCCUCCUACAGCACAGUGGAAUGUAAACCAGACAGUGUCGGCCUUAACCCAGACGAUGACCUCAGUACGUUUCAGGGUAACAUCACCAACACUAACUCCACGUCAGAGGGAAACAGCACGGGGAACACACCCGAGGUCACUUCCAAAAGUGAAUCAGCAGCAUCCGUGUCUGUGCCAGCGCCAUCUCCUGGUUGUUUGUGGAACGUCCCCGUCCUGUACGAGGAAGCUGACGUGCUGUCGCUACGAUACAGUCCCGUGAAAGGACCUAACGUCAAUGUGACCGACACGCACCCCACGCUGUUAAGUUAUCCUCUGCCCACGCAGGCCACCGGUGGGACGUUGAACCUGCAGCUUACAAUCAACGCUACAAAUGUGACUCUAGGGACCAGUCACAGUGUGGUGGCCUGUUUCUCUCAAGGGGCUCCAGUUCUUCACCUCAACCAGUCCUGUUUCACAGAUUUCUCUGCAGGUUACAGACUUGUUGUAAAUGCCAGUGUUCCUAAAGCUGUGCUCAGGCUGCCGUUUCCUCAGUCUGCCACCUGGUACCUCACCCUGCAGCUUAUCUACAACAGCAGUGAAAGUCGGGGGCCAACCGUGGUACAGGUCGCCCCAGAGGUGUCUGUCAGUGCCUGCGUGGACGACUGUGGGACAUAUGGAGAAUGCAGACUCCUGAGAUCCUACAGUUACCUGUACAGCGCUUGUGUCUGCAAAGCAGGCUGGGAUGGCUGGGGCUGCACCGAUGGCUCCAAGGCUCAGUCGUACCUCCACCAGGUGACGGCAACUCUGCUGCUGACCCUGAGUAACCUCUUCUUCCUGCCCGUCAUCGUGGUGGCCAUCAAACGCUACUACUUCACCGAAGCAUCUGUCUACCUCUUCACCAUGUUCUUCUCUACGUUCUACCAUGCGUGUGACCAGCCCGGGGUGGCCGUGGCCUGUAUAAUGGACUACGACACUCUGCAGUACUGUGACUUUCUGGGGUCAGUCUGCUGUAUCUGGGUCACCAUCCUGUGCAUGGCUCGCAUCAGAGACCUUUUCAAAUAUUCUUUGUUCAUGCUGGGAACUCUGCUGAUUGCCAUGUCGAUGCAACUGGACCGCAAAGGCCUGUGGAACCUGCUUGGCCCUGUUCUUUGUGCACUCGUGAUUAUGGUCACUGCAUGGGUGUAUCGAGGGCUACGUAGAAAUCAGUGUUACCCGCCCGGUUGGCGGCGCUGGGUUUUCUUCCUGCUCCCUGGAAUCACGUGUGCUCUGAUAGGGAUUUGUUUGUACGUUUUCGGCGGAACAGAGAAAAACUACUACUACACUCACUCACUGUGGCACAUCUUGAUGGCCAGCUGUGUGGUGUUCCUGCUGCCUCCGAAGGAGAAGAACAGGGAGGUUCUGGGCUGGAGCAGAGGCUGGGACUGGAACUGGAACUGGAACUGGAGGUGGGCUUUGAGUUGGAAACCCCGGGUUUGUGGAUACACGCUUUGCGAGAAUGGUAAGGAUGAACUUUACACCGUCACAUAGUGGAUUUGGAGAUGGUGAGUCGUGUUCUUCCAGCCUGUGAGUGUCUUCCGAUGAGUUUGAACUUACUGUGUGAUCUGACUUACACCAGCUAAUGUACAAAAACCCAACCCUUCAGGUGAGAGACCACACGACCCAUGACCUCAAGGCUAGGGAAUAAAUCUUAAACAUAUAC